AUGGCGGUUGAGGCUUCCGUCAACGCAGAGCAGCCCAGGCCCAAGGAUCUGGAGAUCGCGGAGAAGCAACCCUCUCGGCCGGGCAGUAUCGGCGAGGACCUCAAGGCCGGUCAGGUUGAACUUCUCGAUGAAGCCGAAAUCUUCUUGCAGCAAAAUGGUCUUUCUCAUGCGCAUCUGCGAGAGCUCAUGGAAGAUGAACAGGCCCAGAAAAAGCUUGUCCGCCGGAUCGAUCUCACAUUGUUGCCCCUUCUCAUGGGAACGUACCUUCUGCAGUAUAUCGACAAGCAGGCCCUGAGUUACGGCGCAGUAUUCGACCUCUUCGAAACAACCAAUACUUCUCAAAGCCAGUAUUCAUGGCUGGCCAGUAUCUUCUACUUUGCCUACCUUCUGGCAGAAUGGCCAGCAAGUUACCUUGCUCAGCACUUCCCCACCGGCACCAUUGUCAGCAUCUUCGUCCUUUGCUGGGGAACAGUUCUCACCUGCACCGCCGCAUGCCAUAGCUUCGCUGGGCUCGCCGUCUGCCGCUUCCUCUUGGGUGCUUUCGAAGCCGUCAUCACACCCUGCUUCAUGAUGAUCGUCAGCAUGUGGUACACCAGGGCGGAGGCGCCGGUACGCGCUGGAUCUUUCUACUGCUUCAACGGAUUCGGUUCCAUGAUCGGCGGCAUUCUGUUCUACGGUGUCGGUCAGGCAGACGGAUGGGAUGUUUGGAGAAUCAUCUUCAUUAUAUGCGGUGGUCUUACCAUCGUGUGGGGCAUCGUCCUGUUCUUCUACUUGCCAAACAACAUCAUGACUGCCAAACGAUUCACCGUGGAAGAGAAGGCCCUGCUUAUUGCUCGCAGCCAGAGCAACAAGACUGGUGUCUUUAGCCGAAAGAUCAAGCCAGCUCAAAUUAAGGAAGCAUUCAAGGACAUUCAAGUGUGGCUUCUGUUCUUCUACACCCUUCUCAACGAGAUUGUCAACGGUGGCAUCGCCAACUUUGGCAAACUCAUUGUUAAGGGCUUUACAAAGGAUGCCCUCUUGACGACUGCCUACGGAAUUCCGUAUGGAGCCUGGGUUGCUUUUUUUAUCUUCACUGGUCCCUUUUGCGCUUCGAAGUUCAAAAACUUCCGGACCAUUGUCAUGAUGACGUGGGUUUUGCCGACACUCAUUGCUGUUUCCCUUUUCUUGAAACUGGACCGCGGCAACAAAAACGGGCUGUUGAUGGCAUACUACAUUAGUCCCUCUUUCGUCGGUGCUCUUGUCGUUGCGCUUCAAAUGCCGGCUGCGAAUGUCGCGGGUUACACCAAGCGUGUGACAUCAACAGCCUUCGUCUUUCUAGCGUAUUGCGUGGGAAAUAUCAUAGGCCCGCAAGCUUUCCUCGCUUCGGAAGCGCCCAUCUACGGUACUGGCUGUAAAGUUAUCAUGGGUUGCACUGCCGGUCAAGUCGUGUUGGCUAUCGCCAUUCGGCUGUUGUUAAUUAAGAGGAACAAACAGAGAGACGCGGAGGCGGAGGCCAGUGGGCAAAAUGCGGAGGAUGUAUCUGAUGAGGUUCUCAUGGACUUGACGGACUUUGAGAACAAGAAGUUCAGGUACUCCUAUUAG